UAAUAUUAGGAUGAUUUGGGGUAAAAGUCUUGAGUUGAACGUUUGAUGAAGAAUCAUGAGGAAUAGAUCAGAUAUAGCGCUUCAUAGAUAUCAUUACACCAUAAAGACUCUAAGUGGGUCUAAUUACAGACAGUCUAUGAAUGUUAAUGUUCUGGAUGAAUGGUCAGAAUGUGAGGGACUAGUGAUGUGUCGAUAUAAGACUUCAUCGUGGAGUUAUUAUCAUGAUAGAUAUAUAGAUAGAUACUUUACAUGUUUUAGUAGAAACCCAAAAUACGUAGAAGUAAAUAAAGAACCCUAAUGUGUGACCUUUAACUGAAUGUUCUGUAACCUAUAGAGUAACCAGGGUUCUACGUCUAGCUGAAGGGACCUCACGAGGAGGAAGAUGCUGAGGAGGAAGAGGAGGGUCCUCUGAUCUGCAUGGAGGAUGUGGUUCUGCACUACCAGCCCGGAUCAGCUGCUGGUCUCAGCUGCCUGUUAGAGAGGACCGAGCGGCUCCUGGAGUCUUUCCCCUGCAGGACUCCUCUGGUCUUCAGGCCCUGGUCCUCUGUAGACCGCCACCCGCCCAUCAGACCGGCCAGACCGCCUCCCGUCAUCACCGGCCCGGCUGGUUUAAACCAGCUUCGGGAACCAGAAGUUCACGGUCUUCUUGUUGUUUCUGAGAGUCCUCAUCGCCAACCACCGCCUGAGAAUCCUCCAGAACCUGAAGAGGCCGCCUGCGUCUCAGAAACACCGAAGCACCUCCUCCCAGAGACGGAGGUCACGGGACACAAAGAUGGCUCCUCCGUCACGGACUCUCCGCUCAAACGCUCGUGGAGCGUCUUCACUCAGAAAGGAGGUCUGCAGAGAGAGUCCAUGUCCGGACGGUUCCGUCACGUGGUCUCGGUCCACAGGCUGCACCUCCACCAGAGGGCCAAGUGGGUGAUCGGUCAGCACAACUGUGGGGGGGGCAGAGACAUCGAGCAGGUGUGGUGUUCUCUGAGCCGGUGUGUCCGGAGCUCCGGUCCUCCGCCGCCGCCGUGUAACGCCAACAUCCGGCGUGAGCGUCUGGAGAUCUGGGUGUUCUGUGACGUGGUCCUCUCGGAGCAGGUGGGACGUUACCUGAAGGAGGCGCUGCGGCUGUCGGGGGGGAUCGACCUGUCGGUUCAUGGGCGAGGAAGCGUCUUCAGCAUGUAGACGAGCUUCAAACCGCUCUCUUGACUAUUCACCGGGUACCGUGUCCCAGUGAGGAGCCGCUACUGCUCACAUUUACCUUCACUUAUUUAUAUUUUUGCAGAAGAUGAAUCCUGAUGUUUUUAUCGAUCACAUGAUCUACUGGGCCGUAGACUGGGACGACUGUGUCUUAAAGGGACAGUAGCGAUGUUUAGCAGUGUGGUUGUAUGAGGUACUUCUACACAGUCUAAGUAUUACAGUAGAUGGAGCAGAGUAAUGUUCUGCUGUGGAUGUAUUCUAGACACAUGAAAGUAUCUAUAUCAGUUUAAGUGAACGUUAUAUUUAGAAUGUUUUCUCCUCUUUACCUUUCUGAUGUAGAAGUGAAGCUGUUAUCUGUGAUCUCUACAAACACACCAGACUCCAUAUAAACACUGAUUUAACCUCUCAGAUCACAGGAGCUGCUCUACUGCUCCUCCUCCUGUUAGUGUUUGUGUCUUUAAACACUGAAGUCUCUCAACAACACAAACUCACAAACAGGAGGAGGAGCAGUAGAGCGCCUCCUCUGAUCUGAGGUAGAAUCAGUGUUUGAUGAAUGGAGUCUGGUUUCUGGUUCUUUGUGUUUCUCUGAACUGUGACUGUAGAGAAGUACGUGAGUACUGUCCCUUUAAAAUCACAACAUGGUGUUUACAGGAUGGAGCAUCUUAACAUCAGCAGCAAUUCAGCAUUCGUUCAGUAUUUACUGAAUAUUAAACACUUUACAUUGUUCCUCUCAUGACUAAGUGCAGAUCUUCAUUAAUAUUGGGGGGGGGGGAUUCAACCCUCAAACACAGUACUGUCUCUUUAUGCCGAAGACCAGUCUGUUUUUGUAUAUUUAUGAACUUGAGGACCGAUCUUAUGAUUGUAUAUUUUUAUAUGUAAAUAUAUUUCCUCUCCACUCACUGAUGUAAAUAAAGCUUUGAUGUUUUGAAUGAACUGUCUGGUGAUGGAUGUGCAGCCCUGCAUGUGAUGUGCAGUGUGUUGCUGAAAAAGCCACAGCAGCAGUCACAUGAUACACACACACACACACACACACACACACACACUGUGCUGCUUGUGUAAGACCUGAAUAAAUGAGGGCAGUCUGAAUACAGUACACCCCCAUCCGGCUCAUACACGCACACACUCUUUUGUUGCUAUGGUCCCGUCUUGACAGCAGCGCGCACUGCAUUAAAAUCUAGGUCACCGGAUGUGACGUCG